AUGGCCACCCCAUCCACCUCCGGCGACCCCGCCGGCGGCGGCGAACCAGUCCCAGCCCCAUCACAAGGACCAGCCCAGCGUCGCCACCCAACAUCCCGCAUCUCCCACAUCGUGCGCACCUACCUGGACCUCUCCAGUUCCAGGAAGCGCCGUUCGGCUCCCAAGAACCAGCCCAAGGCCGGCGACAAGGAAACGGAUGCCACCGCUGACGAAACUGAUGGGUCCAAGGCGGGGCCGUCCUCGUCCCAUCCGUUUCGGCUGCUCCGGGAGCUGGGCAUCCGCGUCUCCCGCUACACGCACGAGGAGCGCCGGGAUAUCAUCCUCCGCUACAUGCAGAAGCGGAGCGGCCGCCAGGUCGUCAACCGCGCGGCCAGUAAGGUUCCAUCGAGGCAGGCUCUGGCAGUCCGGCGGCGGAGGGGUGCUGGAGGGAAGUUCCUCGGCAAGGAUGACGCCCAGACUGCAGAUAAGCCAGAAGAAAAGGCAGAAGAAGAGCCAGAAUUGCCACCAGAAGUCGUCUCAAAUGCUGGAGGAGUACCCAUAGUUGGUAUGGUCUUUGAGAGUGAAGAAAAAGCAUAUGCGUAUUAUGUUAGUUAUGCGGGAAAUAUGGGAUUUAGUGUUCGAAAAGGAUGGUGUGAGAAAACUGCUAAAAAUUCCAAUAGGUCAAGGGUCUAUGUCUGUUCUAGGGAGGGAUUUCGCUCAAAGAAUGACACCAAGGGACCUCGCUCAGAGACAAGGGUGGGUUGCCCUGCACGGGUAGCAAUUAAGGUGACACCUAGUGGUAAAUAUCGUGUAACAGAAUUUGUGGAGGAUCAUAAUCACCAGCUUGCUGCACCAUUUGAUAUUGAGAUGCUGAAAUCGCAAAGAGUGUUGAGCAAAGUUCGACCUGGAAGCCAAAAUGCUAGUAACAUCCCUCCAGGGUAUAAGAAUUAUCUCCGGUCCAAAUCUACAAAAGAUAUGAAACCAGGGGAUCUCAGAACUCUGAUGGAUUAUUUUCGAAGAAUGAAGAGUGAUAAUCCAUCGUUUUACUAUGCCAUUCAGGUGGAUGAAAAUGACAAAGCGGCUAAUGUCUUCUGGGCUGAUGCAAGGUCAAUCAUGGACUAUCACUACUUCUGUGAUGUAGUCUGCUUAGACAUGAUCCACAAAGCAAAUGAUUGCAGCAGGCCUUUAGCUUUGUUUCUAGGUAUGAACCAUCAUCGGCAAAUGAUCAUAUUUGGUGCGGCAUUUUUAUACGAUGAAUCUGUUGAGUCUUUCAAGUGGCUUCUUGAGACCUUUAAGAAUGCCAUGUGUGGGAAACACCCAAAGACAAUUUUGACUGAUGGAUCUUCAGCUUUGAAGGAAGCCCUGGGUCUUACUUGGCCUGGUACUGUUCACCGUUCCUGUGUGUGGCAAAUAUACCAGAGCACUGUUAAGUCCUUGGAACAUAUGUUUAGUGCUUCUGAAGAAUUCACAUAUGAUUUUAGACACUGUGUUUUUAAUAUUGAGGAUGAACAAGAGUUCGUUGACACAUGGAACAUGAUAAUGGAAAAAUACAACCUUAGAGAGAAUGAAUGGUUAAUUAGGCUUUAUGAAGAUCGGGAAAACUGGGCCAUGCCAUACAAUCGACAAAUAUUCUCUGGGGAGAUUAAAAGCUUGCUACAAGAAGAAAAUGUUGGCACUAAGCUUAAACAAUACUUGGGUUACGAUACAGAUCUAUCCCUUUUUUUGAAUCUUUUUGAAAGUUCAGCAGAGAAGAGAAGGCAAGAAGAGAUUCAAGCUGAUUACCAAGCCAAUCAAGGGGUACUGAGAACACCUCUGCCAUUUCUAUGGCAGGCUGUCAAUUUGUAUACCCCAACAAUAUUCGAAUUAUUUAGAAAGGAAUGUGAACUAAGUAUGGACUGCAUGGCUUAUGGUUGUGGGGAAUUUGGCUCUCUUUCUGAAUAUAUGAUUACUAUCAAGAACAAAACUAAGGAUCAUCUUGUGCGAUUUGACUCAUCAGAUGCUUCAGUUGUAUGUACAUGCAAAAAGUUUGAAAAUUCUGGGCUGUUAUGCUGCCAUAUAUUAAAAGUAUAUGAGCUGAGGAAUGUUAAAGAGAUUCCCCCACAGUACUUUCUGAAGAGGUGGAGGAAAGAUGCAAAGUUGGUGACCAUGGAUGAAACUGGUGGGUUUAAUUUUGAUAGCAACACAAAAUCUUCCAUUCCAGGACGUUAUGCAGCUCUUUGCCGUCUGUUCUACAAGAUUGCUGCUAAGGCUGCAGAGAAUGAAGAGACAUUUGCACUAAUGGCAAGCCAGUCAGAUAACCUUCUUGUAGAAGUUGAAGGAACUUUGUUGUCUACACUGUCUGACAAGUCAUCUGGCCACUCCCUUACAGACCAAUUAACUCACAUGGCCCAGAAUGACUAUCUACUUAGUAGUGGCCUUGAAGGUAUAGGUUCUACUGGAAAGAAGUGUGAAGUCGCUCGCCGUAGAAAUGAUUUGGAAACCAAUAAGCGAAAGAAAGCAAGAAAAGGGCAACCUGAUGCAACAGAUGAUGGACCAACAAGAGGAGAGCUGAAUAUUGCACCAGGAAGUUUCCAAUCAGAACCAAGUAAUGAUUCAAACCAGUUCAUCCCAGAUCAAUUAAUGCAGGGACAUUAUGUACUUGGCCACAACUUUGGGCUAGGUAGCUCACAGAACCUUCAUGACAAUUUGAAUCAGUUCGGUCAGGCUUCCUCAGCUUCUACCUUGCAACAGCAGCCAUUUACUGGGAAUGGUCAACUAACCCAAGGAUAUACUGGCGAUAUGCAUGCAUUGCAAUUUGUGGAGACAACCCCUCAAAUUGAUCAUCAGAAUGGCGAUGAGGGUCAGUCGUCAAUACCAGUGUGGGAUUUUCUUUGA